AUGUCUUAUUACGGCACUUUACCCACACAUACUCACGAAGAAGAGCAAGAGAUCACUUGGCGUCACAAGCUUGGAGAGUAUUUAGAAGACCAAAAGUUUCAUAUUGGCAUUCUAUGUCUGACAUUAGUCGAUGCUGCUUCUGUGUUCAUUCAAAUCAUUUAUACCUUCUUUCACGAAUGUCAAGCUCCUUUUAACAAGAUACACAAUAAUACUCAUUGGUUAAUUGUUGCCUUUGAAAUGGCAGAAGUUAUCAGUGUUUGUAUCUGUGUCUUAUUUAUGCUCGAAAUUAUCUUGUCUCUUAUUGCGUUUGGUCCGCGAUAUUUUCUGCCUGGUUGGCCACACUGGAAGCUUCAUGUAUUCGAUGCUGCAGUGGUUAUUACAACAUUUGUACUGGAGAUCGUGUUAAAAGGAAAAGAAAGAGAAGUAGCUGGGUUAUUGAUCAUAUUCCGUCUUUGGCGUGUUGUCAAGGUGAUUGAAGCGGUAGUACUAAGCAUAAGCUUUACACAUCAAGAAGAACUGGAAAAGUUAAAGGAGCGUAAUGAAGAACUACAAGAAAAAUUAAAGCAAGUAGAGCAAAGGAAUAGAGAAUUAGAACAGCAAGUCGAGCAAAAUUGA